AGAGAAAAAGAAAUUGGGAUAUAGAAUACCCAUCCUUUCCAGGAGAGCAUCCACCGCAGUUCAGAAGAGCAGGUCUCAGGACAGUAGGGGCAGCUGCUUCCCUCUCAGAAGCGUGGCUCAGGUGUGAAGAAGGAUUUCAGGAUACUCCUGGGACUUCGUCAUUAGCAGCUGAAAAGAAGAAUAUUACAGAAAAGCACCUUGAAUUGUUUGCUAGCCCCAAGAAAGAAACUGCCACAUCUAAGAGUACCAGUGCGCUUACAGAUAUAACUUCUAGUUCCAGUGGAAGUGAUCGGUCAGAUGAAGAAGAACUACAGUUUGUGGACUGGGAGAGUGCCAGUGACAAGGACGACACCAGCGAAUGUAAUGAGUUCGAGGAUGGCGAGAGCGCUGUGGAAAUAUCAGACUGUGCUUCUGGUGCAAGCAGUCCUUUGACGAGGGAAGAGAGGGUAUCUGAGCUUCCUAAGGUCAGGUCCAGCUCUGACUCCUCCGGGUUAAAGAACAUGCCGGGCUUCUUGGUCAUCAUCUUGGUGUACAUGGCCUCGUUGACCUGCACUCGUAUCAUCAGCUCAUUGCACUCGCACUGCUUCUGGAAGAUGUCUCCAGCCAUGUUGGGGAACUGCAAAUGCACCUCGACCUUGUGCUUCUUUAGGCCUUUGCCACAGCGCAGGAUGAAGGGCACCCCAUCCUACCUCUCGUGCUCCACAAAGAGGAUAACAGCUGCAAAGACAAGUUCUACAGAAAUCUUGGAGUAUUCAUCAGAUAGCGAAAAUAAAGAUGACCCAGAGAAUGUCUUGUCCAUUGAUUCAGAAUCCUGUCACAACUACCACAUGGAUCUUGGAUCAGGUGGAAGACAGGUUAUGGAGAGAAGGAUAAUCCCAAGGGUGAAAUCUACAGAUAACAUUUUGUAUACACCCCAGAAACAGGUGAAGUUGCCCAGGACUCCUGAAAAUUCAGCAAAGAAGAAGAAACUUUCAAGAGGCGGGCUAGCAGAAAGACUAAAUGGACUGCAGAAUCGAGAGAGAUCUGCCAUUUCCUUGUGGAGGCAUCAGUGUGUUUCAUACCAAAAGAUACUUUCAGGCAACAGAUCCGGUAUAUUAACUGUGAAAAUUCUAGAGCUGCAUGAAGAGUGCACCAUCCAGGUUGCCAUGUGUGAGCAGUUAGUGGGACUGCAGGCUGACGGCCCUUUCCAAGGUGAGGCCUUCGGGACUGGCCUAAAGGUUCUCUUCACCGAGGAGACGGCACACCAUCUCAGGGCACGUCCCCAAGACAUCAUCCAUAUCUACCCUCCCUGGCAAAAGCUUAUUAUCCCAAAUGGAAGUUGCCCUGUUAUUCUGAACACUUAUUUCUGUCAGAAAGUUGUUGCCAAAGAAGAUUCAGGAACAACACAUGAAGUGAACUUUUGGGACAUACCCCUUCCAAGAAGAAACAUCACUUUGGCCCAGAUGUUUAGAUUUAAGAGUCUAACAGAGAAUUCACCUGAAAGCCAGGUUAUGUGUAGUCUCACCACUGUGAGGACAGAAUGGGCCCACAAGCACAAAGAAGCAAAACAGCACCUCUCAUCUCCAGCUCCCCUGAGGGACUCUCUCCUGGAUACAGUAGAAAGCCAAGGAGCCGCCACGUGGUCAGGAGUUGGAGUCCCAGUGGUGGUGCAGAGAGUGUACUUUCUUCCCUGCAGAUAUCAGCAGGGAGGUGGCUCAGCUGCUCCACCCACCUCAGACCCACCUAGAGUUCGAUUUUGCCUCCUCGUGCAAGAUGCCUACGGAAUGUUCAGCGAAGUGCACCUAGAGGACGCCGUGUUCAAGGGCAGAGCGUUGGAAGGCAAGCCCUGCAGCCUGGCAGGGAUGAAGGUUGUACAGAAGGCCACCACAGGAAGGGCUGCAGGGCUUUUCAGUUUGAUUGACACUCUGUGGCCUCCAGCGAUGCCUCUAAAAGCGCCCGGCCACAGCCUGGCCUGUGAAGAGGUAAAAACUCAUCUGCCUCCUCCCAGCUUCUGUUAUAUCCUCACUGCUCGUCCAGGUCUGGGCCGAAUCGAUGUAAUCGAAGACCCUAUUUCCAAGCUUUACCAGCCUCCAGUCCCUCGCUUCUUAAGAGAAAUUCUCCAGACGGAUGGUCCCGGUACCCGUUGCAGUUUCUAUGCCAGAGUGAUCUACCAAAGACCGUUGCUGAGCAGUUUGGAGCAAAGAGAGAUUUGGCUGACGGUGACUGAUGUUACCCUGCAGAUGCAGGAUGGAAGUAACUCUGACUUCCCCCGAACCUUGCCAGUCUGUGUGACCCCCUCCUGUGUGCUGGGCCAGGAAGUCCUGGAGGUGCUCGCCAAGGCUACCUCUCAUAGCUUCUUCUUCAGAGAUGCUCUCCGGGACCAGGGUCGACUUGUUUGUGCUGAACGAACUGUCCUCUUGCUUCCAAAGCCCACGUCGGAUGUGGCCUCCGGUACUCACUCCUGUGAGCUGGUUGGUCCUGUGAAGCUCGAUGAACUGGAUUCUGUCACUCGGGUCAACUCCAUUUGCAGUGUUCAAGGCACGGUGGCCGCUGUGGACGAGCGCACUGCCUUCUCGUGGCCCGUGUGCGACCUGUGCGGCAACGAGAGAUUGCAGCGGAGCCCGGAAGACAGAAGUGCCUUUUCCUGUGCGGACUGCUCCCGUGUGGUCACCUCUCCUCUUCUCAGAAGGCAUCUUCAGGUCUUCCUGGACUGCCCCUCGCGACCCCAGUGCACCGUGAGGGUCAAGCUGGAGCAGAGCAGCAUCUCUUCGCUCCUGAGGUUCGCCACCUGUGAGGACGGGAGUUAUGAAGCGGAGAGUGUCAUCGGAAAGGAGGUGGGGUUGUUAAGUUGUUUUGUCCAGUCCAUAGCCACCCACCCAACUAGCUGCAUUGGAUUGGAAGAGAUUGAGCUUCUGAGUGCAGACAGAGCCUCUUGAGAUCACAGGAAUCUGCGUGUGAAGAGGCUGCAGGGGCGCUGCUGGUUUUGCUAGUUGUUUGUUAACUGGGCAAAGCGAAUGUACUGUAUGAUCUUGAACUGGAACUUAAGAUUUUUCUG